UACAGAUUCCGGUCAUUCACGUCAGCGGAUCAUUAAUCGAUUUGUGCAUUAUUUCCCGAACUGGUCGCGGUGCGUACGCGUGUGCGUUGCAAAAAUUUUAUAUAAAGUCGGCAACCGUCGGCGGCGACUCAUUAGCCGCUCUGUUGACCGACCGUGCGUCGCGGACAUUGCGAUUUUUCAUUCGUAUGACUCGUCGAGCGCGCGAACGUUCGAAUUUUAUUUCAAGGGACACCCUGGUAGUAUCGACGAGUGUCGCCUCCCCGACGCGGGAGCGAGGAGAUUACGGUGAUCUACACGAUAUUGUCUGUAGCUCUGUACGUGUUAUAAAGUAAACAGUGGGACGGACGUGCCUGAAUUCACGAUCUGGAGAUCGAUAAACACAGUUCGAUCGGUUUCGGUUCUCGUAUGACGUGCUGGUAGUCGAGAUGAAGGAGCUACUGCAGAUCUGGAGCCGCGUGACGGGGCGGCAGUACGCGUCGGUGGCGGAGGCCCGCCGGGACAAGCCCCAGCAGCGCCGCAAGGACCGGGGCCCGGCCGCCUUCGAGGCGAACCUCUCCGAGUGCGAGGAGCUCGACCACAAGCUCACCGACGACCGCAACCUCGACGACAGAAGGGAUGCCAUCAUCGACAGGCUGUUCACGAGGAGGAGGAGUUACCAGGCGAAGGAGUCCAAACGCUCUUUCAUAUUCCUGGCGAUGGGUCUGGUGGCGCUGGGCACGGCGCUCUUCGUGCAGUUCGUCCACCCAUACGAUCUCAUAUUCAAUUAUAAAAUAGUAUUGGGUGACGGUGGCGAGAUCUACGAGCUGUGGCGCAAGCCCGACGUGAACCUGUACACGAAGGUGUAUCUGUUCAACGUCACCAACGCCGAUGACUACAUGGCCGGCCGCGACUCCAAGCUCAAGCUGGCCGAGGUCGGGCCUUAUGUCUAUAGGGAGCUGCUGGAACACUCUAAUGUGACGUUCAACGAGAACGGCACGCUGUCGGCGAUCCCGCGUCACCCGCUCGUGUGGGACGAGGAGAUGUCGGAGGGACACCGCGAGGACGACAUCCUGUACAUGCCGCACAUCGCGCUGCUGAGUAUCGCCCACGUGACGGCCCAGAAGGACUUCAUCACGCGCUUCGGCCUCAACAACCUGGUGCGGCUCACCAACAGCCGGCCGCUGCUGAAGAUGACGGCGCGCGAGUUCAUGAUGGGCCACGAGUCCAAGCUCAUGUCGCUCGGACACAGCUUCAUGCCCGGCUGGAUCUACUUCGACAAGCUCGGCCUCAUUGAUCGGAUGUACGACUUUGAGGGCGACUACGAGACCAUCUACACGGGCGAGACGAACCCGUCUUACUCCGGGCUGAUCGACACGUACCGGGGCUCCACCGACCUGCCGCAGUGGGAGGGCAAGCACUGCUCCAACGUCCAGAACGCCUCCGACGGCACCAAGUUCAAGGGAGACAUCGGGGAGAACGAAACCGUUCUCUUCUUCAGGAAGAGUCUUUGCAGAGCCGCGCCCUUGAUCAGAACAGGCGAGGGAGUGAAGAAUGGCAUCGAGGUUUAUAAGUUCACCUUCCCCGAGCACAUGUUGGACAACGGCAAACACAUCGAGGAGAACAAAUGCUUCUGUAGGGAAGGCAAGUGCUUACCUGAAGGUCUUAUAGACGUAACGGACUGCUACUACGGCUUCCCCAUCGCCCUGUCCUACCCCCACUUCUACAAGGGAGACGAUAUUCUGUUCGAGAAGGUCGAAGGACUGACACCGAAUCGAGAGCAGCAUGAGACGAGGUUAUACAUUAAUCCAAAAUCCGGUUUCCCCAUGGAUCUGAGUGCCAAAAUUCAAAUUAACAUGGCCAUUGGAAACAUCGACAGCAUCGAGAACACGAAAGGUUUCUCAAACCUUUACCUGCCGCUGCUCUGGUUUGAUAUCAAACUGGCGUCUCUCGCCCCGAGCAUGGAGACAAAGUGCACCCUGUACCUGAACGCCCUGCCCAUCCUGGAGUCGGCCAUCCUGUACGGCAGCCUGGUCACCGGCGUCCUGUUCGUCCUGCUCUCCGCGUACAUCUCCACCUUCCGCGUCGUCCUGAGGACGCCCCGGGACCGCCAGAACAGGUUCAACUUCAAAACGAACAUUUGGAUGGACGAUGAGAAAUCGAGCAUGCAGAGGAACAAGGACGACAUCUACGCGCCCUGCGAGAUCCCCCUGAGCGGCACGGAGUCCGAGAACUCGGACGAGUACACCGCCAAGUCUACGUUCAUCAAGGCGCAGUCGGACAAGAUCCGGGAAUUCGGGCAGAAGCUCACGGGGAAGAUGCACGGCAUCGGCGGCGCGAAGCUCGCCGGCGACCGCAAGAACUCGCUCAUAUACCCCGACGACUCGCUCGACGAGACCAACGACGCCUACCGCAGCGACAGCGGCGACGACAGCGACCGUGAGCGGCGGCGCGACACCGCCUACCUCCAGGUCGUCGACGACGGCAGCGAGUUCGAGACGUGAGCGCCGCCGCGCGCCGCCCGCGCCCACCGAGCCGCGAUCUUGCCGCAGUGUGAUAGUAAAGACUGUAUACCGACAUUGAGAUUAUGGGGCGUCGUCCCGGCCGGACGGCGGGCGCCGGAGCCGGAGACCGCUCGACCUCGACCGAGUCGAGCGGCCGGUUGGGAAACACGAUCGGUUCCUCGUCCUGUGUCGUUUAACCGUGCAUACCUCCCGGUGUAUGUCCGCUGGUGCAGCAGCUCCCCCCCGGCUGACGCUAAGGAGUGCGUACCCCCUAGAUUUAAGUGCGAAGAGAAGAUUUUAAGAUAUUAGUGAAUCCGACGGUUAGUUACUUCUUGACUUGUCAAUCGGCUGUAAGCUACUGUGUAGUUAUUUAUGUGUAACUUGUCGUCCGAAUGUUUAUGUUGUGUGAUAUUUGUGUUGAUGAGUGUUUUAAUAUUUUGAAUUAAUAUAAUCGAGUAGUUUAAGUGAAUAGAAUAGGUAUAUGUAAUGGGCUACACGUCGCUGAGACGUGCGGCUCGGGUGAAAAAAUAAUUGCUCAAAAGAAAUAGUCACAGUCAAAAGUUUUCAAAAGAAAUACA